AUGAGCAAGAAGUAUGUGUACUGGGAGAAGCAGGGCAACGACCGGAUGUGCGGUCUUCACUGCAUAAACGCCAUCCUGCAGGGCCCUCACUACAGCGAAGACGUCCUGGCCACCAUCGGCAGAGAAAUCGACGAGAAGGAGCGGGAGUUCCUCAAGUGCAGCGCAGGAGCUGGUGGAAGCGGCCUGAACGACCUGAUGAGAAAGAACUCAUCCAACGUGUUGGACGACGGGUUCAUUAACAUCUCUGUCCUCAUCGAAUGUCUAAGGAGAAAAAAUAUUUCCGUAAAAAAUACGUUCGAAGAAGAUUUAAAAAAAAUAAUUUCAAGUGACCACCAAGACAUAGGAUACAUAUGUAACUUGGAGCAGCACUGGUUCGGCAUAAGAAAAAUACACAGCACCUGGUAUGUCCUUGACAGUUUGAAGAGUGGCCCCCUCUACAUAAAGGAUAUCAAUUUGAAAUAUUAUUUCAAUGACAUUAUUAACAAGUACCAUGUGUUCUCUGUUCAGAAUGUAAAUCCCUAUGUGUCUUUGCCCAAGGCGGACGUUAACUUUGUGGCGAAGAACCCCAAUCAGUUUUACUUUUGCACAAAUGAAAUUUCUGAAAUAUCUGGCGUGUCUUCCAAUGGGUUUAUUAUGGAGGAGAGGGGUGGUUCGGGUAUGCGUGGCGAGAAGAGCUCUUUUUUUCCCUCCGGUGGGUAUGACAAGCCGAACAAGUUUAAGUGGCCGGAGGGCGGGGGGCGGACGUUGAACGACCAGGGGGGGAGCAGCAUUGGCGGCAGCAUUGGCGGCGGCAUUGGCAGCAGUAGCGGCUUCCCCCCCGGUGUGCAGGACGCGGACGACGAGCUGCAGAUGGCGCUGCGCCUCUCCAUGGAGGAGUACGCCAAGAAUUUGCCCCCUCCACCAGAAGAACCCGAGGGAGAAAACUGCAUUAACUUUAUGGUCAAACUUUCGAAUAGGAAGAUCCACAAGCGGUUCUGCACCACCAAGACGUUGGCGGACGUCUUCUACUGGCUUGAAUACGAGUCCGUGAACAGGCCGGAUUUCGGCCCCUCUCUGCUCCUCAGGAGCAGCUAUAACCUUUACCAAAUAUAUCCGCGGAGGAAGUUUUGCAAGUACCAGAACGGGACCAUCGAGCUGCAGACGGGGGAGAAGAUCGAGCAGGUGCAGGAUACCCCCCUGGUGGACUUGAAGUUCGAGAAGGAGGAGACGUUCAUGUUGUCGUAG